AUGGCGGACCAAGUGGAGCUCAUGAGGUUACUCUUUACCCGUCUCGAUAUCGAUGUCAACGCCCCCAUUGAUAGUCUUUGGAGAGAGCGAAACGCGCUACAACUUGCACCCAAGGGUCAUUCUCACGACAUGUUCGUACUCUACCUGGAUCAUCCGCAGAUCGAUGUCAAUUCGCAAACGAAUGGAGCGAGUGCCUUGCACUUCGCAGUGCAGCACAACUCAAUGUUUGAGCUUUUGCUUCAGCAUGGCGCUCCUGGAAAGUCUACGCAAUGGGACACAACAAUCGCAGAUACGAGUUUCGAUGCGAACAGCUGCUGCAACUCAAAACGCGAAGUGGUACCACCACAGAUCAAUUCCGAAGCGGAUCACUCCAACAUGGUGCACACGGCAGAGACAACAUAUGAGGACAAACCUGAUGACGAAGACAUGUCAAUCGACGGCGAUUUGGAGUAG